UGGCGCUGCGGCCGGCGGGGCUGGGGGCCGGAGCCGCCCCCGCCGGGGUCUCCGGCGUCGCGCCCGGGCCGCCGGGGAUGCCGAACGCAGCGACCGGAGGCGCCGGAGCAGCGACCGCAGCAGCCGCGGGAAGCCCCGGACCCGCCAGCUUCGUUUUUCCUGUAGCUGGUGGUCUUGGCCCUCAAGGCAUGAUUCCAAUGCAACAACAGAGCUUCUCGAUGGUGCCUGUCAUGCAGCCCAAUAUGCAAGGCAUGAUGGGGAUGAAUUACGGUUCUCAGAUGCCUCCAGGAACGAUGACGGUGCAGGGUGGCAUGCCUCUCGGUGCGAUGCCAACAGCAGGGAUGCCAUAUAUGGGACAAGGUCCUUUCCUUGGAAUGCGUGCAGCAGCUCCUCAGUACACCCAGGAUAUGCGGAAACAGUUUGUUGAAGAACAGCAGAAACGGUUUGAACACCAGCAGAAAGUUUUGGAGGAAGAAAGAAAAAGGCGUCAGUUCGAAGAACAGAAGCAAAAGCUACGGCUUUUAAGCAGCGUGAAGCCAAAGAUGGGUGAAAAAAGCAGAGAUGAUGCUCUGGAAGCUAUUAAAGGGAACCUAGACGGGUUUUCCAGAGAUGCUAAACUCCAUCCCACGCCAACUGCUCAUCCCAAAAAUGCAGAUCAUCCCAAACCAUCUCAUUCUACCGUGUCUGUCUCCCAAACUGCCGCCUUUCUUGACGACGAGGAGUUUAGUGACUUUAUUCAGGGACCUGUCGAAACCCCACCGUUCGUGCCUCCAACCUCCUCCCAGCCUUUUCAGCCUUGCCAUCCUGCUUCUCAAGCUGGGCAGCAGCUUUUAGAGAAGGCCACAGCCCACCCUCUCCCUUCAGUCCAGUUUCCUGUCACCUCCAUCCUCCAGGGUACCGUGGGACCAGUGCCCUAUUUCUCUCCUUCUCCAGCUUCACAAAACACUCAGAAAACAGGCCAUUUCUUAGAAGACAAGCCGUUGGCACCUCACGGGUUGAAUGAUUUUGGGCAGAUUCAGAUCAAACUGAAGGCGCCUGAGGUUGAACUCAGCGCUGCCGCUUCUGCUGUAAACAGCCCUGGUCCCCAGUUAGCAGCCAGUGGCAGGAGGUCCCUGGGGGCGCUUCCCAAGGGAGCCCCCCAUCCAGAGGCAAACAAGGCUUCAGAACAAAAGCUGCCAGUUCAAGAGUGCGGCGUUGGAGUUUUUCCUUCCCAGGACCCAAUCCAGCAAAUGAUGCCUUCGUGGAUUUACAAUGAUAAUUUAGUUCCAGAUCUUUAUAAGAAGAUUCUCGAAAUCACCAUGACACCAUCCGGAAUAGACACUGGCAAACUCUAUCCAAUUCUGAUGUCCUCUGGGCUUCCCAGGGAAACUCUUGGGCAAAUUUGGGCCUUAGCCAAUCGCACCACUCCAGGGAAGCUGACAAAAGAAGAACUCUACACCGUUUUGGCUAUGAUUGCGCUAACUCAGAGAGGAGUACCAGCCAUGAGCCCCGAAGGUUUAAACCAGUUUCCUUCUGCCCCCAUCCCUACCUUAAGCGGGCUUCAGAUGGCCAUCCCUGUCACAGUGAGCCAACAGCCUUUGAUGCCUCCUGGGCCACCAGUUUCCAUGCCUCUUAGUAUAGGACCAACAGUGGUGGGGAUCAACAUGGUGGCGCCAGUGGGUGGAGCCACCACUCAGGCUUCCAGCAGUUUCAUCCAGCCUUUCCCUGCAAACCAGGUUGCAAAAACAGAUGAUGACGACUUCCAGGAUUUCCAAGAUGCGUCCAAGUCAGGUGGACUUGAUGAUACUUUUACAGAUUUUCAAGGGGAAGCGCCUGGAUCCAAGAAAACGUUAGCAGCACAGCAGCGGAGCAGUGCUCCUUCAAUGCUGAUACCCCUUUCAGGCCCCAAAGUGACACCUGCUGUGGAUAAAUAUGCUGUUUUUAAAGGGAUUGCAUCUGACAGGCCUGCUGAAGAUUAUGGAGAUAAAUACAGUGCUUUUCGAGAACUGGAGCAGCCAUCGGAGAGUAAAUCUAUAGGCGAGAGCUUUGCCGAUUUCAAGUCCCCGGGAACAGACGACGGCUUCACCGAUUUCAAAACCGCGGACAGCAUCUCUCCACUAGAACCGCCGACAAAGGACAAAGCAUUUCCUUCCUCUUUCUCUUCUCUUUCCAUACAGUCCAAACCGCAACCCCACGCAAAGCCUUCUCUGAAUUUGGCAGACCUGGAUCUCUUCUCCUCAGCCUCGACUGGGGAGAGCCAACCUGCUCUCUUUCCAGCCGCGUACAAUUCCCCCAAACUGGCAACUUUUGCUACCCCAUCACACACAAUAUCGGCUGCCACCACACUGCCCGCGCCCAGCAGCAGCUCGUCUCUGGCCAGUGACUUUGCCAACUUCAACCUUUUUGGAGGGUUGUCAAGUUGUCCUUCAGCCACCACUCAGGACGAGUUUGCAGACUUCAUGGCUUUCAAUACCAACGCCGUCUCCCUGGAGCAGGAACUGGAUGAUAAAUAUGGAGCUCCCAAGCAAGAGGCCAACUCGGUUCCUCCAGCUGGCUCCUUAACUGGUGCCGUGAAGAACGGGCAGAGUCCCGUUGCUGCUUCCAACAAAUACGACAUCUUCAAGCAGCUGUCUCUGGACAGCCCCGGAUUGGGAUUCGAGGAACUCAAAGACCAUACCCCUUCAUCGGUGAAAAGCGAAGACGACUUUGCUGAUUUCCACUCGAGCAAGUUUUCCUCCAGCUCGGAAAAAUCCCUUGUCGACAAACUGGCCGCUUUCAAGCACACCAAGGAGGACUCGGCAUCCGUCAAGUCUCUUGACCUCCCGUCCAUUGGGGGCAGCAGCGUGGGAAAGGAGGAUUCGGAGGACGCCCUCUCCGUUCAGUUUGACAUGAAACUGGCAGACAUGGGAGGAGACCUUAAGCAUGUCCUGUCUGAUAGCUCUCUGGAUUUACCAAUGGUUAGUGGUCAACAUCCACCAGCAGCAGAUCUGGAUGACUUGAAGUGUGCCCCGUUUGGAACUUAUAGCAGUGGCUCUCUUCUGAGUAGCUUCCCGAGCUGUGACUGGCCUGAUAAAGAAGAUGUCUGUCAGAGCAGAAAGUCUACCCCCUUCUCCCUUCCUGCAGGAAAUGGCGUCGCCUCCUUAGCUACCUCUGUCCUCCAGAAGAAGGAGACCUUUUUCGGCAGCUCUGAAAAUAUCACCGUGACCACCGUUUCCAAAGUGACAACCUUUGCGAACGAGGACGCUCUCCAAGACGUGACAUUCGCAUCUUUUACAAACUUCCAAGGUUCCAGUCCUCCCUCUAUGGACCAAAGCGAGGACGAAGUUGAAGAUUUUGGAGAGUUUGCUCGACCACCGGACGAUGGGAUUGAGAGACCAGCCACGGGCGGACUUCAAGAGGCUGACUCGGCCCCGGUCUCUUCAGAGGCUGGAAAAGAAGUUUUUGAUGACUUUGGAGAGUUUCAGGGUGAAAAACCAAAGAUCAGCAAAUUUGACUUUUUACUGGCAACUUCCCAAGGGAAAAUGAAAUCCAGUGAAGAAAUGAUCAAAAGCGAGCUGGCAACUUUUGACCUCUCUGUUCAAGGUUCUCACAAAAGGACCCUAAGUUUAGGCUCCUCACCUCUGCCUCCUGUGGAACAGCCCUUCAGAGAUCGAUCAAACACUCUGAGCGAGAAGCCUUCCCUGCCAGUCAUCCGAGACAAAUACAAGGACCUUACUGGAGAAGUAGAGGAAAGUGAGAGAUAUGCCUAUGAAUGGCAGAGAUGUUUGGAAAGUGCGCUGCAGGUCAUCAAGAAAGCAAACGACAUCCUGAACGGAAUCAGCAGCUCUUCUGUAUGUACUGAAGUCAUCCAGUCUGUGCAGGGCAUGGAAUAUUUAUUAGGGGUUGUUGAAGUUUAUCGAGUCACCAAGCGGGUGGAGCUGGGCAUCAAAGCCACCGCUGUCUGCAGCGAGAAACUCCAACUCCUCUUGAAGGAUAUCGAUAAAGUGUGGAAUAACCUGAUCGGAUUCAUGUCCCUUGCAGCCUUAACGCCUGAUGAAAACUCACUGGAUUUCUCCUCCUGUAUGCUUCGCCCAGGCAUUAAAAAUGCUCAGGAACUGGCUUGUGGGGUGUGCCUCUUAAACGUAAACUCACGGAGCAAGAAAGAAGAAAUGCCUCUGGAAGAACAUCCUAGAGAAGCCUUCAACUCCGAGACAGACAGCUUCAAGCUUGCUUACGGAGGGCAUCAGUAUCACGCCAGCUGUGCUAACUUCUGGAUCAAUUGCGUGGAGCCCAAACCUCCAGGCCUUCUCUUGCCUGACCUCCUAUAAGCAGACUGUUCUUGGCCAGUCUUUGGUCUUAAAACAAGGGAGCAAUUCCCAGAGGGAAGGGUGGAAAGUAGGCGCUUGAGAAGCCAAUGUGAAACGGUACUGGUGUUUUUGGGUGCUUUGAAAAUAUUCAUCCUAGACCAGGAGUCUGCAACCUUGGCAACUUUAAGACUUGUGGACUUCAACUCCCAUUAUUCCUCAGCCAGUUUUGCUGGUUGAGGAAUUCUGGGAGUUGAAAUCUGCAAGUCUUAAAGUUGCCAAGGUUGGAGACCCCUGUCCUAGACUAGCUGUUCUCGUGUGAAGGGUAAAUGCCACUGGAAUGUUUUUAAUCUGCAGGAGCCUCACCUUGGCAAGGAUUUGGAGAUACACCCUGAUACUUUUUGGGGAUUUUGCACUAAGGCAAAAAAUGCCUUCUUGAGCAGAACUGGACUCACGCUGCCUUUCAGAUCUGGCAAAACUGCUGAUGCUUUUUUUGCCGAAGCUCAUGAUAUUUUCCUCAAAGGAGUAACUUGGGUGUCAAACAUUUGCAAGGCCCUAAAGAGUGAGGCUCCGUUUCCUUUUUAGCAUGCACGUCCUUUUUAAAAUCCCCAAUAACCCCCUGUGGCUUUUCCUUAGUUUUCUCCCAAAAAGGAACUUUCCUCUUUGUAGGUUUCCUAAAAAUUGAUCAUUGCUCGGCUUAAAUGAUCCCUUUGAAAGAAAUUCACCAAAAUGGACAUAAAUACCUGUGCUGACACACAUACACUUUUUCAAUCUGUACCGGUCUCUCCCCACCCAAUCCUGCCUUGUGACAAGACCCCAAGUUAGGUGAAGAGAUCCAGUUAUACUAGACUGAAUAUAAAUUGGCCUUCCAACCUUAAAUUCUUUUUCAGAACUAUUGUUUUUGGGGUGCAGGCCGUCGGAGGGUCUUGGCACCUUAAAACUAGUUUAUUACAAUGGAGAACUUUUUCAAUUGGUCUGGUGUCCCUCGUGGUUUUACAGUAGAAAAAGUGCAAAUGGGAAUUGAACCGUGGAAGCAGAAAAUCUUCUACUUCAGGAGUGUCGAAAUUUUGUUAACUUGAAGACUUUUGGACUUCAACUCCCAGAAUUCCCCAGCUGGCUAGGGAAUUCUGGGAGUUGAAGUUCAUAAGUCUUCAAGCUGACAAGGUUCGACAACCCUGUUCUAGUUAUGUUUUCUUUUUGAUGGCAUUAACUCUGCAAAGCAGAGGUCUCCAAACUUGGCAACUUUAAGACUUGUGGACUUCAAUUCCCCUGGGAGUUGAAGUCCACAAGUCUUAAAGUGGCCGUGUUUGGGUACCCCUGCUGUAAAGAUUUGUGAGUGGCCAAACAGGAUUGGCAGAGAGCACUCAUCCUGCAAACCUAUUGUGAUGGAGACUCUUUUGAAGCGUCCUCAGAUAAUGGAGGCCUCUUUACUCCACUUCUAAGCAGUAGUUGGUGUUUUGAUUGCCACUGAGACAAAGACUGUGAUCAAAAGAGGGGGCAGGUGGCAAGGGAGGGGCUGUCGCAAAACAAAACACACCACCUCUUUUCCACCCCCCUUCCCUAUUUUCAGCCUUCGAGCCACCAUGCACAGUUUGAACAGAGCCCUUUUUUUAAAAGAUCAGGUUUAAUGAUGGUAAUUAUAGCCCCGGACCAUGACUCAUGGUCCCUGAUUAAAAAUGAGCUUACAGGUUGAAAAUGCUUUGAUCCCAGAUGCUGGUCAGCGAUAAACUCAGGCAUCUUUCUUCUCCGCUAUUUGGCACGAAGUCAUAGCUGGCAACUAGACGGUGUUCUCUGUUGACCCAACACAGGCAACGGCCAAGCUCAACAAGUUAAUCUUGCUGCCUCAGUUUUGCCACUCUGAUGGCUUCCCUAUUCUCUGCUUGGUGGGAGUUUUCCCUGCAGGCGGCUUUGAAAGAGCCCACCCGCAAUGUCCCAGGACUGCCUUUCUCCCAGCUUGAGAAUAGAAUUUGCAGAAACAGCCUCUGUGUUGGUGCAUGGCGGCCAGGCCUCUCGAGGGGCAGGAGUCUUUUGGGGAGAUCCCUGGAACGGUUGACCAGGUGGAAGUCUAGGUACCCCAGUGCAGUCUUUCAGAGCAGAGGAAAGGCCUGGCAAUCGAAGAGAUUUUCCUCCUGCCCCCAGGUUAUAAAAACAGGAAAAGCCAAACAAGAGCAAAUAGGAAGGCAGGAAGAGAUUGCAGCAUGUGAUUGCAUUCACCCCUGCAAGACUGUUUUUCUUUCUCCUUUCUUUCCUUCUCCCUCCCUCCCUGCUUCUUUUCUUUCUUUCCUUUCUUCUCUCCUUCCCCUUUCCUUUCUUUUUCUUUCCUUCCUUCCUUCCCUCCCUCUUUUC